CACCGGCUGGGCUCACCGCGCCGCCCCGGUUGCCCCCCUCCGCACGCUCCGGGACAGGGCGCGGGGCCGGGAACCGCCGUUGCUGCUGCUGCUGCUGCUGCUGCUGCUGCUACCGCCGCCGCCGCCGCUACCGGCCGGGCGAUGCCGAAGCCGCCGUUGCUGCUACGGGGGAGCCGCCCCGGGGACAGCGAGCUGGGGCGGCAGUUCCGGGACUGGUGCCUGCGCACCUACGGGGACUCGGCUAAAACCAAGACGGUGACCCGGAGCAAGUACCAGCGCAUCGCCGAGGUGCUGCAGGGGGGAUCCGGCUCCGGCGGCGGCUCCGGCGGGGGGGAGAAAGGCAAGUUCCAGUUCUGGGUCCGGUCCAAGGGCUUCCGCCUGGGAAACGGCACCAGGGAGGCGACGAAGAUGGGUCAAGUGGUGGUAUAUGUGCCGGUGAAAACGGGAACGGGGGCAGAUGGACUGACGGAGCCCGAGGGCAUCUCUCUGAAGCGCGUGGCCGUGGUGGAAGAUUUCUUUGACAUCAUCUACUCGAUGCAUGUGGAGAGCUCGUCGGAGCCGGGCAAAGCACCCAAGCAUGCGGGGCAGAAGAAAACCUACCGAGCGAUCGCAGAGACCUACGCGUUCCUGCCGAGAGAAGCCGUGACCAGGUUCCUGAUGAGCUGCACCGAGUGCCAGAAGAGGAUGCAUUUCAACUCCAACGGCCUGGAGCCCAAAGAGAGUGAACCGCCCUCCUCUUUGGUUUCUGGGAUCAUUGACUACAACAUGCCCCUCACCUCCACUUACCUGAAGCAAAUGAAGCUGCGGGUGAUGAACUCCCAGGAGCAGGAUGAGACAUCGGUGAGCAGCGAGGACUUUGAUAUGAACGACUCCACAUGGAUCUCAGCUGACCAGCACCUGAACUCCAGCCUGAGCCCCAGCCAGGACGAGAGCAUGCGCAGCCCGCAGAACCUGCCCGGCCAUGAGGACGAUGACUCCUCGUCAGAGAGCUGCAGCGGGAAUGGCUCCUCCACCCUGAACCCCUCGACCUCGAGCAGCACCCAGGGCGACAGCGCCUUCCCCGACAUGAACGGCAAUGGCCCCGCGGCGCCCAUGGACUUCACGGCGGCGGCCGACGAGCAGCCCAUCAACCUGUGCGACAAGCUGGCCCCGGCGCACGGCACCCCCAACUACCAGGCGGACGGCUGCAGCGCCGAUGGGCUCCGCAGCAGGGGCAAGUAUGGCGUGAAGAGCACGGCAGAGUCCCCUCCAUACAGCUCUGGCAGCUACGACUCCAUCAAGACAGAGGUGAGCGGCUGCCCCGAGGACCUGACCGUCGGCAGGGCCCCCACGGCCGACGAAGAUGAUGAUGACCACGAUGACCAUGAAGACAACGAUAAGAUCAAUGACUCGGAGGGGAUGGACCCAGAGAGGCUAAAGGCCUUCAACAUGUUCGUGCGCCUGUUCGUGGAUGAGAACCUGGACCGGAUGGUUCCCAUCUCCAAGCAGCCCAAGGAGAAGAUCCAGGCCAUCAUCGAGUCCUGCAGCCGGCAGUUCCCCGAGUUCCAGGAGCGGGCACGCAAGCGCAUCCGCACCUACCUCAAAUCCUGCCGCCGCAUGAAGAAGAACGGGAUGGAGAUGACCAGGCCCACGCCGCCACACCUGACCUCAGCCAUGGCCGAGAACAUCCUGGCCGCUGCCUGCGAGAGCGAGACGCGGAAAGCAGCCAAGAGGAUGCGGCUGGAGAUCUACCAGAGCUCCCAGGACGAGCCCAUUGCUCUUGAUAAACAGCACUCCAGAGACUCCACAGCCAUCACCCACUCCUCCUACUCACUGCCAGCUUCCUCUUACUCCCAAGACCCAGUCUACAUCAAUGGAAGCCUCAACUACAGCUACCGUGGCUACGGGUCCCUGGGGGGCAGCCUGCAGCCGCCUGCCUCCCUCCAGACGGGCAACCACAGUAACGGUCCCACGGAUCUCAGCAUGAAAGGAGGGGCCUCGAGCACGGCCCCGUCCAACAGCACCAGCAGGGGGAUGCCGGCUGCGCAGCUCAGCCCCACGGAGAUCAGCGCCGUGCGGCAGCUCAUCGCCGGCUACCGGGAGUCCGCGGCCUUCCUGCUCCGCUCGGCAGACGAACUGGAAAACCUCAUUUUACAGCAGAACUGACUC